GGCAACGCAGCGACACCGUUUCAUACCAGGCUGGCAUGUAUAAAGCUGAUUUGGAAUUUUAGAUACAGUUACCCUCUUCCAACUAUAAUAUCUCAACCAACACCACCCCCACCCUCCUAUUUCUCUCCUUCACAUCUCUCUCUCACUGUCACUGUUACUGUCACUGUUACUGGCUAGCCACCUCUAGUAUAUAUCUCCAUAGCUAUCUUCUUGUGGUUUAUUUCUUUUUACCCUAUAACUUUCCUUGUACCUUGUGUUGAACGAUAUGGCAGAAGAGGAGCCAAAGAAGGUGGAAACUGAAACCCCAUCAGAAACUCCUCCUCCUCCUCCACCACCACUAGCCGAACCUGAACCUGAAGUUAAGGCUCAAAAAGAUGUAGCUGAGGAGAAAACUGUAAUCUCUACUCCUCCUCUCGUUGAAGAGAAGGUUGAGGAGUCAAAAGCAGUUGCUGUUGUUGAGAAAGCAUCUGAAUCUGCUGAGGAGAAAACAGAGGGCUCUGUCAAUAGAGAUGCUGUUCUUGCAAGGGUUGUUACAGAGAAGAGGAUAUCACUUAUCAAAGCAUGGGAAGAGAGUGAGAAAUCCAAAGCAGAAAACAAAGCUCACAAAAAACUCUCUUCCAUUGCAUCAUGGGAGAACAGCAAGAAAGCAUCUGUGGAGGCUGAGUUGAAGAAGAUUGAGGAAAAACUUGAGAAGAAAAAGGCAGAAUAUGUGGAGAAAAUGAAGAACAAAAUAGCAGUAAUUCACAAGGAAGCAGAAGAAAAGAAAGCGAUAGUCGAAGCUAAACGUGGGGAAGAUCUUCUCAAGGCUGAAGAGAUAGCUGCUAAAUAUCGUGCCACUGGAACUACUCCAAAGAAGCUUUUUAAGAUGUUUUUAGGCUGAGAUUUCUCAGUUUUGAUUGAAAAUUGUAUUAUUUGUAUAGUUGUUAAGCCUUCAUUUGUUACCGUUUGUUUGUUUCUUUGCUGUUUCAAUAGGGGAGAAUUGGCAAGUGUUCGUUUAUUCUGUGUGUCCAUGUUGAUGUAUUUGCGUGUAUAGAACAUUUCAAGAUAUUGUUUGGAAAUUAAAUUAUUGAAUUUGUGAGAA